GCAAAAUGGAACGUGACGAAAGAGAGCCAAUCACAAACGUCAGUUUUAGAAGGAGGAAGUGAUAUGAAAAAAAACCUGAUCUUUUUUUCAAAUGUACGGUAACUGCAAUUGUAAUCAUGGAAAUUUCCAAAAGCAGCUAUAAUUUAAUCACACAUUUUCUCCCCGUAAUGUAAUGGAUUACAAUGACAUAAAUUCAGAGGUGGCUAGAGUAGCCAAAUAUUGUACUCAAGUGGGAGUACUGCUACUUUAGAAUAAUAUGACUCAAGUAAAAGUAAAAAGUAGUCCUCCAAAUAUUUACAUGAGUAAGAAAGUACUCAGUGAAAAAUAAAAAUAACUAAAUAUGAAUGUGCAAAUUCAGAUACUGCUGAACAAUACCACUUAAUCUAAAACAUAAAUAAAGUCUUUAUGAAAUAAACACAUUGCAAAAGAGAUGUUCCAUCUCAUCUGAUCUUUUACUUGGUUAAAUAAAGUUUAAAAAAAUAAUAAUAGUAAUAAAAUAAAUCUGGCUGCACAAGGGCACACUCCCUCUUAUAACUCUCAUGUGGCUGUGUUCAGUAGUAACCAAUCACAUUCAAACUCAUUAAAUGGGAGUUCACACAUACUUACCAGGCUGCCAACAUUUCAAUUGCUAAGUUGCCCAAAACACAUGCAUGCCUUACAGAAACAUUCUUUGCUUUAUUUACUGAAAUGACCAAAUGUAGAAGCAAUUCGUUGACCAGAUCUAUUAAUGGUGUGUUCAUGCAUGCGUGCGUGCAUGUGCAUGCGUGCGUGUCCGAGCAAGUGAGGGAGCGAGAGAUGACAGAACGUCCCCCAAAGAUGCAUGUUUUACAGUUACUUAUGACCAUAAAAUAGGGCUAAUGUUGCACAGCCAAAACAAUAACAAAAACAUCUGCAAUUUACCCCAAGGUGUUUUCUCAAGCCCCUCCUGGAAGCCGUCACCUUAUCGUGAUGGAGGGGUUUGUGUGUCCCAAUGAUCCUAGGAGCAAAUCUUCACGCCCCUGGUAGGGUCACCCAUGGCAAACAGGUCCGAGACCAGACAAUGCACGGCUCCAUAAACCCCUAUGAAGAAGCCUAUGGUCACGAGCUGUGGGUCGUGACCGAAAGAACAAGAUCCCGGAUACAAGUGGCCGAAAUGAGUUUCCUCCGCAGGGUGUCCGGGCUCUCCCUUAGAGAUAGGGUGAGAAGCUCGGUCAUCCGGGAGGAUCUCAGAGUAGAGCCGCUCCUCCUCCACAUCGAGAGGAGCCAGAUGAGGUGGCUGGGGCAUCUGAUUCGGAUGCCUCCCGGACGCCUCCAUGGUGAGGUGUUCCGGCCAUAUCUCACGGGGAGGACACCCCGGGACGACCCAGGACACGCUGGAGAGGCUACGUCUUGUGCACCACCGGAUUCGGAUUCUAAUGCGGAAGUCGAAGACUAAGUUUAAAAAUAGAUCGUGCAUGAAAUAAUUGGUAAAUAAAGGUAGAGAGCGGCAUAUAGACCAUUCUUCUCAGCAUAUAACAUUCAGUCAUUCAUUUUCCGAACCGCUUAUCCUCACUAGGGCGUGCUGGAGCCUAAAAAAUAUGAUGCAUUAAAACUACUUUGACAAGUACAAUAUAUCCAAAAUGUUACUUGAAUAAACGGUGGACGACUGGUUAGAGUGUCUGCCUCACAGUUCUGAGGACCGGGGUUCAAUUCCUGGCCCCGCCUGUUUGCACGUUCUCCCCGUGCCUGCGUGGGUUUUCUCCAGGCACUCCGGUUUCCUCCCACAUCCCAAAAACGUGCAUGGUAGGUGAAUUGAAGACUCUAAAUUGUCCGUAGGUAUGAAUGUGAGUGCGAAUGGUUGUUUGUUGAUAUGUGCCCUGCGAUUGGCUGGCAACCAGUUCAGGGUGUACCCCGCCUCCUGCCCAAUGAUAGCUGGGAUAGGCUCCAGCAGUCCCGUGACACUUGUGAGGAUAAAGUGGUACAGAAAAUGGAUGGAUGGGUAACAAUACCAAAACCACUGUUAAGAUUCUACCGCAGAUUUUAAAGACGGAUGCCCACACUUACUCCAACCCACCCUCUUUAUCCAAGCAUGAGAGCUGCACAGAGUUAGGCUGGCUUGCCACGCCAGAGGCUAGGUUGCAUGAAUGAGUAAGGAUAUUAAAAGUAAAAAUGGAAGUGUAUUGGUACCCAUGCUAUUCUGACUGUUCUGAGUCAGGCCUCAAAUCUGUGUCCUGAUUUUCACUCAAAUAUCCAAAAGGUGUCUUCAUGCUUGGAUGUGUCAUUCAUCAUGCAUUAUGCUGAAGAUGGAGCCUGCACAGAAAGCCCUCUUAUCACUCCUAACCUACUCAGUGUCUAACAGUCACACAAUGUAAAUUUGAGAGACAUGACGACAAAGGCCCAGAAGUUAGCAUUUGACAAGAAUACGCACUGGUGCUGGCUGUUCACAGAAUUCCAUCCUAUGGAAUGUUGACGGGGUUUUAUUGACUGCUAAUAGGUUUGGCAUGCUAGCAGCCUAGCGUCACUCAUUUUUAUCCUUCCUCUAAAUAGAAGUGAUAGGAUUAGGCCUCUUGUGUAGAGAUACAACCUUCAGGACAACCAGGACCCUAGACUUACUCCACCCAGUUUGAACUCUUGUUCCAUGAAGAGCAGGGAGAGGAUAUUUAUGGUUUGUCAUUAGAACACAUAAGUGGAGGCGGUAGGGUGUUUAUAUCCAAGAACUUGGGUUAGGUGGUGGUGCACAUGGUCAACUAAACAAGACAGACCGAUUUGUUGUUGUCAGACACGACUGUGGAUGUAGCCGCGUUCACAAUAACAAAACGGCUAUGGGAGUUCCCAACUCCAGGGAAUACAACUACUAUCACUCUUCAAAUCCACCUUUGAGGAUACUGCUGACAACUCUUGCAGUACAUGUGCUGAUGUUGACUGUCAUUGGCCGAAGCGUGCUCCUCUGUCCAGCCAAUGCCCUUUGAGGAUAGCCACAGAGAGCUAAAUCCUGUUAUGUGGCACCUGAUUACCGCCUAUAAUCCAGCAGCGUCCACCCGUGUGUGGCUCACAUGUACAGACGGAACGAACCUCUCAAGAAGGAGCGUCCCAAGUGGAAAAGCGAGUAUCCGAUGACCGAGGGCCAGCUCAGGAGCAAGCGGGACGAGUUUUGGGACACGGCUCCGGCUUUUGAUGGACGCAAAGAGAUCUGGGACGCGCUCCGAGCGGCAGCCCUGGCCGCCGAGUGCAAUGACCUGGAGCUAGCGCAGGCCAUCGUGGACGGAGCCUGCAUCACUCUGCCUCAUGGCACUCUCACGGAGAGUUACGAUGAGCUGGGUAACCGCUACCAGCUUCCAGCAUACACUUUGGUACCGCCAGUCAACCUGAUCAAUGAAACGUGCAGCGAGAGCAAAGUCUGUGAAUCCACACAAAAGCAAGUGCAGCCGCCUCCUUGCAGGCAAGAGUUCCAGCUGCGUGUGCGACUGUCCUCAGGCGAGGAUGUGCGUCUGACAGCCAGCUUGGCCGACUCCGUCGGCGAGCUGAAGAAGCAGCUGGAGGAUCAGGAGGCCAUCGACGUGUGCCACCAGAGGUGGUUCUUCUCUGGGAAACUCCUCACUGACAAGACUCGGCUGCAGGAUGCUAAAAUCCAGAAAGACUUUGUUGUCCAAGUCAUCGUCAACAUGCAGCCUCCACUUAUAGCCAACUGAGAGGGAUGCAAUGAUUGGGGGGGUGGG